AUGUCUACGGUUACCAGUUCGCUCGUCUCGUGCUGGCCCAUCACAUCCCUUUUCAACGACCCCGUCUGGUUUUUCUUUCCCACAUCAACCCUUUCCUCUUCUUCCUUGCCAUUAUCCAUUUCUAAUCUUCCUGCCCGCUGCUUGCCUCACCUCCCUCGUCCUAUCUCACCAAACAUCCGUUCUCAAUUCGUCCCACGCGCGUCCAUUUGGUUCCCCAGUCCUUUGGUCCUUCCGUGGGACGACUGGGGUUUGGACGCCUUUUCAGAUGAUAACACCUUACCAGAUCCCCUCACGCACCCACGAGAUGAUCUAGCAGCCGUUUCCCGCGCGCGUUCGACUCGCUCCUUGCUCGCACCGCACACCCCUUCCUCCCCGCCCGUUCUCUCCGCCAUGGUGCGUGAUCCCACAGACCUCCUCCCAGGUCUUCCCGACGACGUCGCGUCGCUCUGCCUCGCGCGCCUCCCCUUCUUCUCCCACCUCCCCGCUUCCGCUGUCUGUCGAAGCUGGCGCGCCUUCUUCUCCUCCCCGCUCCCCUGGUCCUUGCGCGCGGCGCACGCGAUUCGCCAUGGCGAUCUUUUACUCCUCUGCACGGGCCUCUGGACCAGCAGCGCGGGGGAACCCGCGCUCGUCUUCCACGUGUGGGAUCCGCAGCUCGACGCGUGGAUGCGCCUGCCGCCGCUUUUCGCGGGCCGCGCGUACGCACCGCAUGCCUUCGAGGGGUUCUGCUGUACGGCCGUCGGCGCGUCGGCUGCAGCAGCGCCGAUCGCGGCGGGGAUGGAGGGUCUGGCGGCGGGAGCAUCCGCAGCGGGGGUAGGAGCAACAGGAGCUCCGAUUGCGGCGAUGGCAGCAACUAGAGCAGCACUAAGAGCACCGGCGCGCGGAGCGCCUGCGGGUGCGCGAACCGCGCCGCAACCGGCGCGGCCAUCCUUGUUCGUGCUCGGCGGAGAGUACCGCUUCUCCCCGCGCUUGGGCGGCACGUCGUCUCUAGCGGAGCGCAUGCCGCACGUGUGGUGCUUGGACCUGGGCUCGGGUCGCUGGCAGCAGCUCGCUGACAUGUCGCGCUGCCGCGUUAAUUUGAACGCCGCCGUCGUCCUCCCCGCACCCGCCGCCGCCGCCACAUCCCUCGGUAUCAGCAGAAGUAGUGCCAGCGCCAGUAGCGCUUCCGGCGGCGGCGGCGGCGGCGGCGGCGGCGGUGGAGGCGGUUGCCGGCUACUGGCGUUAGGCGGCUCGUCGGAUCCCGUGGGCAGCUACGCAACGACGCCACGUGGCGAUGGUCGAUUGGAGGGGUUGGGGGGGAGCGAGGAUAGGUGGAUGAGCGGCGGAGACGCGGAAUUGGGUGGCGAGGGGCGCAUGUGGGUGGGCGAGGCGCUCAGUCUGGAUAAUCUCCUCUCGUGCGACGUAGCGGGAAACGAUGUAGAAGCGACAGGUGGCGCUGCUGCCGGGGAUUGCGCCGGGAUUACCGCCGGGAUUGGCGCUGGGGCUGCUGCCAUGGCUUGUGGCGUAGCAGCGGUUGACGGCGUGGGGUUGCUGUGCGUGAGCGCGGAGAGGCGCAGGCUGGGACUGGGGGAGGUAGAUGUGGCCUGGCUGGACGUAGACGCGCGGGAGUGGGUGGUGGUGGCACAGGUGCCUGUAGCCCGGGAAUUGGGUUGGGCUGGAGCAGUGUCCGCGUGCCACGUGGCGGCUGCUGGGCGGAGGGUUUUUGUGGUGACGGAAGGGGCGCUGGUGCAGCGGGUAGGGUUCUGUAUGAAAAAGGUUAAGCCGGUGAAUGGGAUGCACGUGCUGAGAAUCACAUGGGGUGGAGGAGUUGGGAGGUGUGGUGGGGUGGAGGUGAACAGGCAGGAAUGGGAGGAGGCGGAUGGGGAGUGUAAGGUGGAAGGGUGGGGUGCAGGGCUGGGUGGGAGUGGCGGCAGCGGCGGCGGUGGCGGUGGCGGUGGUGGUGGCAGCGGUGGUGGUGGUGCGGGUGGGAGAGGCAGGGGGGGAGGAGGGGGGGGUGUUAGGGAGAAGGAUUGGGAAUUCACCUGGGAGGUUAGUAACAUGGAGCUGGCGUCUGCUGUGGUGGGCUGUGCGGCCCUGCACAUCUAG